CCUUGCUGGCUCUUCGAAAGUACGGUUGCUUGACCGUGUUACGAUGGUGCUUAUUGAGGAAGUAGUCGAGGAACCAGUUGAGCCUGUGGUCAAGGGCAUUGUCGAGGACAAGCCCACACUGAGCAAAGGUUUCUUCGAAAAGGCAAAAGAAAAGCCUCUAUAUGGACCUGAAGGCUCCUCUGAGGGCAAGGUGGAUCCCAACACUCACAAGGCCCAUACAGAACACAAGCUGAACCAGGAUCUGACUGCUGGCAUGAACCGUGGUGCCACGGAGAACAAUGGCAUUGAAAGACCGCCCUGGUAUACGAAAGAGUGGCCUAAGGACUGCCAGUACAAUUCACCUGGCUGCACGCUGGAAGAAAUGGAGACCUCCAACCACAAGUCGGACAUUCACAAGGACAUGGUGAGGAAUUGCAACAGGUGGCAUGAAUCCUUGGCCCCAGGAGUCACAUCAAUGCGCUUCAGUUUCUUGCACGCGACUGAUGAGGAUCUGACAGAAGUCAUUGAGAAACUGAAGGACAACCAGGACGUCACUGAGCUGGACUUGUCUCACAACAAAAUCAAGGAUUCGGGGAUCCAGGCACUGGUGGCGGCGCUUGCUGCUGGAGCAGCUCCCAAGCUUCGUGAACUCAAGGUGUACAGUAACGAGUUCGGACAGCUGGGGGAGACGAUGCUCACGCAGGGCCUUCCAGUCUUCAGAAGAGACCUGAAGGUCGAGUGGCAAGAACCGAGUUGGGCGAAGCUUGCCCGAGAGGAGGCGCAGGGCUACAACUCACAAGCACCUCCAGUUGCAGCUAACUGAGCUUGACCUGUCUCGGAUGCAUUCACCUGUCCUGGCUGCGAACCAGCUGCUAAGCGGACGGGUGAAGACGUCCUUGUUGCAUGCAAAGACCAGAAAUGCAUGACUGCCCAGAAUGAAA